GAAAAAUUUUCCAAAUCAACUCAAAUCCGUGGAAGAGCCCUGUCAUCUCAGGACAACUACCCCAUCGAUAAGCACUGUCACAGUUAUCCACCCAUGGUAAAUAGGCAACUCAAUGGGGGCACUGAUUCGUUCUCAAUCUUUAUCAUAAGUCUUGCGAGUCUGUCCAAGCAGUGCAGGGUUGUUGUUUGCUUGGUAGUCCUUUUCGCCUCACGGAAUUAUAUUCAAACUGCAUUUGCUCCGACCAUAGCUAGGGGUGGCGAUAUAAACGACGCCAUGCGGAUUCCCCGAUGCCAAAACAGGCAAUGAGAAGAAGCGUAAGCGAGGCCCACGGACUUACAGACCUGACGCUUUCUAAUCUCUAUUCAG